AUGUGGUGUGUAGCCUUGUUGGUGUUUGGAUUUCUUCGACAAACAUUGGGUGCACCAGCAGAGAUGCAACCUGUAGGAAAGAACAAGACAACUUUCAACAUAGCCAUGUUGUCAGGGCUGGGAUAUGUCGCUGUGCUGGCAAAAUACCAGGUAUUCACCAACCUGAAAACUACCCAAGUUUCUGUGGUCGGUGUCCUCACUUGCAUACCUGGAUAA